AGUUUGCAGACCGUGUAAUUGAUAUCCAUGUUUAUUGCAUCAAUAGCGAGCACGACUUUUCAUUCAAUCGCGAAUUAAAACUUAAAGGACGUAAUUCUAGGUUUGACUUGUGCAAAGAUAAGUGAAAAUAUCUUAGUGAACUGCAGGAUAAUAAUACCGUGAGGGUUAAUAUCCUAUUUUAAUAACCUAAAAAAGUAGACUACAGAUGUCUGCUAUAACUUUUUCAAAUUCUUAUAGAAAUUACAUUAUUUCUAUAAUUGGCUUGGCAUGUGCAACAAAAGUAUAUCAACUUCUUUAUAACAAAUCUAAAUCUAAACAAGCCAAUGAUGUAGAAACAACUGAUCCAGAAAUAGAAGAAGUUUUAUUGUUUUCUGAUGAGGCUAUUGAAUGUAGAAAACAUAUGUUUGAAGUUGAAGGCUGUGAUUCGCCUCAUUGUCCAGCAGAUAAUCUUGCUAAAAUAGUUAACUACAUGUCGUCUGCGAAGAAGUCAAUUGAUAUUUGCGUUCACUUCAUAACAUGCAAUAGCAUAGGAAAUGCUAUUUUUGACACUAUUAAAAGAGGUGUAAUUGUUAGAGUAAUCACAGAUGAAGAAAGUUCAAAAAACUACUCAAGUUUGAGCAUAAAAUUUAUGAGAGCAAAUUGUGAAGUUAAAGCAAACAAAUUUAAAGAAAACUUCAUGCAUCAUAAAUUUGCUGUCAUCGAUAAAAAAAUUUUAAUUUCUGGCAGUGCUAAUUGGACAAUGCAGGCUUUUUAUGGAAAUUAUGAAAAUGUAAUCAUAACUAAUGACAAAGUAAUGGUAAAAAGUUUUCUAACAGAAUUCAAUUACUUAUGGGAGACAUUACCUCAAUUUCAUAUAAAUUAGAUUGCUACAAAAUGUUUACUAAUGUAAGUUUUCAAUGUACAUACUAUUAUGUAAACUAUAUUUUUAUAUCCUUUCCUAUGAACAAUUUAUUUUAUACUUAAGCGUUUUAUAAUGUAAAAAAUGAUUGCCAUUACUAAGAUUCCAUGAACCUCAUUUGAUACUUAAAUAGUCAAUAUAAGCUAAUGAUAAUUGAAGGGAAGCUCCAAUAUUUUUUAAUUUGUAACAAAAUAUUAUCAUUUCAUUGUAUUGAGUUCAUUAUUCUGAUAAUAUUAAUUGUUAUGUAGUAUAACAAGUAAUUAUGAUUAAUUAGAAAAAAACCAUCAUUUUCCAUAUUUUAAAUAAUUAUUCAGAUUAUGGUCAAAAUGA